UUACUUUGUCUGUAGAAAAUGGUGUUCAUCAAGCCAAAUAAAACCAGGUUAAACUGGUCAUCAAGAGACCCGUACACGUGUUUGUCACAAAACAUUAGCAAAAACCUUGCGCCGACGAGCAAUGUCUUCUCAACGGCAGAGGUCAUCAACGCCAAGGCAUCGUAUAAGGUCAACGACACUCUACAGAUCCGCAUUACAGCAAGGGAUGUAAACAACGUCAUCAAGACUUGCGGAGGUGACUACUUCCGGGUCAAACUAUACACUGCAGAAACACAGUCAUCCUGGAGCAUUGACGUCACAAAUGACCUAGGAAAUGGUUCCUACAUUGCUGAUGUGACGUUACGAUGGCCUGGGAAGGUUGCAGUGAUUGUGACGUUGGUUCAUUCUAGCGAGGCUUUGAGGGUUCUGCGAAGGAUUCGAGACCUGGAGCCUGGUAGGACGGUCUUCAAGGGGCGCUACCUGAGAACUCUUGAUUCAGGGGUUGAGACCUCUGAAGAUGUAAUGUGCCUACCAAAGGUCAUCCGUAAUCAUUCUCUUUGUAACUUCACGGAUGAAAGAUUAGGCUAUCCAUGGUUCUGUGUAGCGCCCUCUAAAGAGACUUUAUCGUGUGCUGACUGGAAGCUGUACGUAAAUGAUCCCAAAUUAUCUGAGAAGUACACGAUUAGGGCCGUCAGCAAGGAAGAAUUAAACAUAUUCAAGAUGUAAGUUAUGCUUUUAUUAUGUCAUCCUAUUCGCAAAGAGACUGAGAAGGAAAAAUUUGAGCCUAAUACCCUUAAUGCUCGGUUAAUUAAUAGUAUAGCAUGACAGAAUAACUUAUAGACAAUGGAAGUCGCAUUUGAUUAGUCACUCAUUUCAUUGAGCUUCUUUCUCCAUCAUGACAUUCAUUCAUUUUCCAGAUGAAUCAAUUCAAUUUCAUUU